AUGCUCGUGUUAAGUACUGUGAUAGUUGUGGAGUCAAAAAAAACUAGUAAAAAAAUAGAGACAGUUGAGAAAAAAGAAGAAGAAGAAGAAGAAGAGAACGAGGAGGAAGAUAAUAGUUUUGAAGAAAGUGAGUUUAUUUUGUGAAUAUUUACUAUAUACUAAUUGGGAAAAUUUUUUGGCAAUAGUGUGUCUGGGUCCCGUUCUCCAAACUGUGUGCAUAAAAAUUGAUGAUCAAAAAAAGAAAAAGUUUCUAAAUGUUGGCAGCUCGAUGCGCUUCCUAUUCAUUCUUUCUCAAAAUGUCUGCGAGUGCGCGGAGAAUCAAAAGUUUGAAAAUCUCAAUGUGUUUUUCGGAUUUAAAAUGUGUCGCUCGACUUUUCUCAAUUUCCAGAAGACCAUGUUUGAUGGGACCUACACCAUUCGAUCCCAAAUUCUUUCCCAUCGAGGCGCUAAUAUUCGAUUUUUCAAAAAAUGCGCGAGUUUUCACGUGAAAAAUCAAAACUUUUUUCAUGUAAAAAAGAAUGAUCACGUUUUUAUUCGAAAAAAUUAUUAGGCCACGUUUCUUAUCUGAUCGUUCUAAUUUCUCCCACAGUCGAAUAUUUUUAGUCAUUUCUCAAUGUUUCUCUUUCUCUAACCGAAAAAUAGAUUAAUCAGAAAAACGUGAGUCAAACUACUGUAGAUGGCGUUAGCCAGCGAAGCCCUUCUAGUAUAGAUUAAUUCAGAAAAAUAGACACAGUUAAAAAAUCGAGAUUCUUGUAGCUCUAAUGAUUUUUUGGAGCUGUUUUCCGGCUGAAAUACGUGUAUUUAAAAUGGAUUUUGGGAACUGAACAGUGCAUGUAUAAAAUUAAAUUCUGAAAUGAAUGGCGUAAUACACUAUAUGUGAUAGACAAUCGGAUAUUUCACCUUUAACCUCACGAAUUUCAGUAUGUCCUCUCCCAUGGCAAACUCACGAACAAAAUGUGUUGGCUCAAUAUUCCAUGUGCUCAGAAGUGAUGCACGAAGGUGUAAAAUGCACACCAAAUGAUCCAAUCGAAUGUACUGGCAGAAAUCCAAUGUGUGUUCUAUCAAAACAAACAAAUGAUUACCGAUGUUGUGCUGAUGUUCCACAGGAUUUGAGCAAUCCUCCAGGAGUUCCAGAACAGGUUAAACCAAGUGAGUUGGUUUGCUGAAAAUUUGAAAACAAAAUGUUAGGAAAACUGUAAUUUUUCAUAUAUAUUUGUUGAUUUUCAUUUGUUAUUACCUAGAAUCUAAAAAAAAACAAUUUUUUUAAAUUCAGAAAUUUCUUUGGUUUUAUUGAAUUUCAAGAACUUCAGCCUAAUUCUAGAUAAUGGUUCAUCAAUUUCCAAAAAGCUUCUCAGCUUUACAAAAAUUCAAAAACAAUUCUUCAGUUUGUCCAUACGGAGCUUCAUCCUACGACUUGCCAUCUGUACUUCUUUGCGAUCCAACAGAAGACAAAGCAUGUCCCGAAGAUUACACCUGUGAGCAAGUGAGUGACACGCAAAACACCUUUUUUCUAAUAAAAAAGUUUCAUUCAGGCAGUGAAUCACCAGAUGUUAACCACCUACAAUAUGCAUUUAUGUUGUAAAACAUCAACAUUGGACUCUUUUGAAAAUGUGUUUUAUGAAACAAAAGUAGGGAUCAACAAAAUGUCGAGCAAUCUAUCAAUGCCUAUUUUUUACGUGACUAGUUUAUCACCAAGUAUUAUACCGAACGCACCUGGAAGUGGAAUUGAUUAUGUUGGUUUAUUGAAUUACAUAUGUUAUUUGAAAAUAAUGACAAUGUCAGUUUAGGUUGUUCUCAACGAAUAUGUGCCAUCAAAACAAAAUCCUACUCCAGAAGUUCGAACUGGAGAUCAUUUUGCUAUGCUACCAUUCAGAUUUAGAGAACCAGUUUACCUUAAAAAAGUAGUGCUGUUUCAUGAACAAAUGCCUUCGUUUUUCUUCCAUGUAUUGGUGUUGUUCAGUGAGUUUUUUGAAGUGUUUUUUCAAUCAUACUCCCAUUUGGUAACUUUUGCCUGAAAGUUUUCACAUUACAACGCUUUUUGGAUAGUUAUAAGAUGAAUACAGUCGGCUAAACGGUUUUUAUGAAAAUUCUUCUUGAAUGGUCCAAAAAAUCAAUAAGUCAUACAUAUUUACAGAUCCUCAUGGUAACCCAGAAUCAAUGAAUUUCUAUUAUAAUCGUCCAUCUUCAUUAUCUCGUGAAAUUGAUUUAUCAGUUCCGGUUUGGGAUGAAGGAGUUUUUUUCAGAAAUAUGAAUCGAGUUUUGACAAUUCAAUCUGACCAAACAUCAAGUCGACAAAGUUUGUUUUAAAAUUUAAAAAUACUAACCUACAGUUCAAAUAAUUUCAGUCCGCCGCUUGUACAUUGUUCUAGUCUUCAAAACCAAAUUCCGAAUAACUAAACGAAAUCCACAAGUUUGGAAUGAUUUUCAUGCAAAUUAUACAAGUUUUACUGAAUUUUUGGGAACUGAUACUGGAAAACAACUUGGAACUCCUAUGGCUGGAACUUAUUAUUAUGUAAGAAAACUUGGGUCUGUUUUAUUUGCGAUAAGGAACAUUUUUUUCAGAUCACCAAGUGA